GCAAACAUUCACCAACUGCAGCUUCGUUAGGUUAUGGCUGCUAAGUACGAUAGGCCUAACAGGGCUGAAGAUAACCAAAUGGUAAUUGGAGACAACGGCGAAGCGGCAAAAGCGAGAACAGGAUAUCACUACGCUGACGAGAGUACCGACGGAUUGGGAAUUUGUGGAUGGGUUCUGACGAUAUUCGCUUGGUUCCUAGCUCUAGUCACUUUUCCGCUGUCACUUUGCGUUUGUAUGAAGGUUGUGCAAGAAUAUGAAAGAGCCGUGAUUUUCCGACUUGGACGUCUCUUAUCCGGAGGAGCUAAAGGUCCAGGAAUUUUCUUCGUUCUACCCUGCAUUGAGAGCUAUACGAAGGUCGAUUUAAGAACAGUCUCGUUUGAUGUGCCGCCUCAGGAGGUUCUGACCAAGGACUCUGUUACAGUCUCGGUAGACGCUGUCGUCUAUUAUCGAGUUAGUAACGCAACGGUUUCUGUAGCAAAUGUCGAGAACGCUCACCACUCGACUCGCCUUCUAGCGCAAACUACUCUUCGAAAUGUUCUGGGGACGAAAAACUUGAGUGAAAUACUCAGCGAAAGGGAGGCUAUCAGCAAUUCGAUGCAGCUAAUUUUGGAUGAAGCCACGACUAACUGGGGUAUUAGAGUGGAAAGAGUAGAAAUAAAAGACGUUCGGCUACCUGUUCAAUUGCAAAGGGCCAUGGCAGCAGAAGCAGAAGCCGCUAGGGAAGCCAGAGCUAAAGUAAAAACUUUUAAUUUAUUUCAUUUUUCAUCUCGUUAUUAAAUGACAAUUAAUUUAAUUUUUAUCUAUACGCUUCCUCUACACACCUACCAUCACUUCAAAACUGCAAAUAACUAGGUGAUAGCAGCCGAAGGUGAAAAUGACUCAGCGAGAGCUCUGAAAGAGGCCGCAGACGUUAUGGCCGAAAGUCCUGCCGCCUUACAACUAAGAUAUCUACAGACACUAUCAACAAUCUCAUCGGAAAAGAAUUCUACCAUUAUUUUCCCUUUACCGAUAGAGCUCAUAUCACACUUUUCGUCCAAAUGAAAUUUCAAAAGGCAGUAAUUCUUCUGCAACUCAACUGUUUAUUUUAUCACUCAUUUAUCUCCUUUUCUUUUUACUUCAUAUGCAUUUUUUAUGUAAAGAAAAGGGAGAAAAGAAAUAGGACAUAGGACUUAAGAAACAACUAAAAAUAUAUAAUAUGACGGACAUUGAAGAUUUAUUAUACUAAAGAAUUUUACUAAAAAAUACUAUCUAUUUUUUAACGAUUUAUUUCAUACAAAUAACUCUCUCUCUCUCUUUCUCUCUCUCUCUCUCUCUCUCUCUCUCUCUCUUUCUCUCUAUCUGUAUAGACAGUAUAUAUAUAAAGAGGGACAGAGAAGGAAAACACUAAUGAAAUUCACUUAUCGUAUUUAAUAAAGAUCUCACUAUCUUUGUUUUGUUUUGUGUCUAUUAACAUUUUGCCGUUCACACUUUGUACGUAACCUCUUUUUUUUCUUAAAAUGAUAAAUAGGUUGUGACCUAUUUUAAGUUCAAAUAAAAAGAGUGUUUCGAAACAAGCUAUAAAACUGCAAACACGGACUGAUUUCUAUAAGAAAAGUGUACAUUUUACGAUUCUACCUGUAUACACCCACAUACGCUUAUAUUUGCGUAUUAUACUACAUAUAUGAUGUUUUGAUUCAAUGCAAAGACAUGAUUAAUUGAUAAAAAGAACGAAAAAAUAAACACUUGUAUUGAUGUAAGAAGAUGAUGUCUUUCUCAUUCCCUCUUUGUCCCUUAAUACUUUUCUUAUAGUUAGAAAAUGUAUAUCAUGGGAACUGAUAAUCGUUUUACUUUGACGGCUUUUAGACUAUAAGUACUUAUCUGGAAGACUACAACCCUUCAGAAUUAUUAAAUCUUGUAUAUAUCUAGCAAACGCACAAAAAUUUACGUAAAUGAUAAAAAAUAUCAUAUGAUUUAUAGUUAUGGGAGGAUCAACGUAACGAUUUAUAUGAUG